CUUCUACGGCGUGCUCAGGGACUUCCAGGGCACCUCGUGGGACUGCGUCCUGCAGGGAGCCCUGUCCACCUUCGCCAACACCAGCUCCUUCUUCUGGACCAUGGCCAUCGCGCUCUACCUGUACCUGAGCAUCGUCAGGGGCUCCCCCGCGGGCCAGGGCUUGCUCUGGGGCUUCCACGCCGUCAGCUGGGGUGUCCCCCUGGCCAUCACCGUGGCUGCUGUGGCCCUCAGGAAGAUUGGCUACGACGCCUCCAACGUCUCCGUGGGCUGGUGCUGGGUCAACCUGGACGCCGAGGACCGGCUGCUGUGGAUGCUGCUGGCAGGGAAGCUCUGGGAGAUCCUGGCCUAUGUCACCCUGCCCGUGCUCUACCUCCUCAUCAGGAAGCACAUCAACAGAGCUGUGAGUAUUUCUCCUCAGGAAGCACGGUAA